AUGACAGACUUCAAGAAAGGGCAUUUUGUUCUUGUGUGUGGCACAAUAGGAAUCAGUUGCAAGAAUGUGGUAAGUCUGUCAAAGGCACCCUGGGUGGCUGUUUGUGAUUUUGAUUUUUAUGGAAGAGAUUGUGGUCUUCUGGGCAUGCUGGAGGAAAGUAUCAAAAAGAAAAGAAGUCUAAGUCUUAAGACAUGGUGCCAUGCUCCAACAUCCUUUGGAGAAAAGAGUACACAGUGGUGGUGCUUGCGAGGUCGCAGGGAUGAGCCAGACAGCAUAAAAGCCAGUGAAGCCUCAACUCAUGUUCAUUGGUUUCAAAGAAAUGAAACCAAAACUUGUCCUUUGUCUUACAGAACAAUCCAUGCAGAAUCACUGAACGUCAAAUCCUUGCAGAAUGACUUUAAAGGUAAUAUCGAGACAUUUUGCAUUGACCUUGGUGAACUCUGCAGUGAAAUUAACCUAAUUUUUGAGAAUGAUGUUCAGCAGGCAACUAAUGCAUACCUUCUUCCAGCAGCAGAUGGGGCAGAAAUCAUCAGCCUCUCAGAAGAAGAUUAUGCAUGGCUUAAGCAGGAUCUUGAAAUACUGUUCUUACAAAAUCCUUAUCCAGUAAAGGAAAAAAUUAGCUCAGAAAAAGAAACAUUCUUUCGUGGAGGAAGUUUACCAUGGCAUGUGUGGUACCUCACAGAAGAGUACUCAAUGGAUGUGAAGCGCAGCAGCUCAGAUGAUGUUAAGAAACACAUAGAAAAGACCUACAUUCAAGAAUUUAAACGUGGGAUUGUUACAAUCAGUCAUGCUCCAGGAUCUGGUGGAUCCACCAUGGCACAACGUAUUCUCUGGGACUUGCAUAAAACAGCACCAUGUGUACAGGUGAGAUUGCGAUCUGGGUCACCAUUGGAAGAGUUAGCAGAACGCCUAAGGUCCUUGUGUAGCAAGACUCAUCUACCAGUGGUAGCGCUGAUUGAUGGAGAAGAUAUGCCACGCUUAAAACAGCUGUCCAUGCUUCUGCAAGAUACAUAUGUUGUCAUUCUGCAUGUACAGAGAUAUCCUUUUCUGAUGAGCGAUCGGAGAAAACCAGACCUGACCAAAAGUGAAUUUAUUUUAAGGGGCACUGUAACAAAACCGGAAUCAAGUGGUUUGGUGGCCAAGUUUAGCAAGGUGUGUGAUGAAGACCAAAAGAAGACAAAAGCUCUGAAUGAUCUUAAUAUGGAUGUCCAGGAAGGCAUUGAUCAUCAGAUGUAUGAAUAUGGAAUGACAGUUUUUAGCCAUGAGUUCAAAGGUGUCCGUUCAUACGUAAAAGGAUACCUUCAGCUCGAACAAAAUGUUGGAGAAAUGUUACCAUGGCAGAAAUGUGUUGGUUUCCUCUCACUUGUAUUUUACUAUGGGCAUACAUCAAUGCCUUGCCAGUUUUUUUCUCGGAUUCUGGGUUAUGAACCUGAUGUUAAGCUAGACAUUGAUGACCUUCCUUCAGAGAUGACAGUGUUUGUGGUUCCAGACACAAAUGAGGGAAGAGGGCAACACAUUCGCAUCAUCCACUACAUUAUUGCUAAAGAAAUUCUUGAACAGAUUCUGAACAGAGUGGAUAGCCCUCCCGAAAGUCAUGGGAUGAGUGAAAGACUGAGCUAUGGGGCAAAACGAAACUUAAAAAAGUUUUGCCUGGAUUUCAUCAGUCACACUUCAUCAAAAAAUAGAAAGGGUUCAAAUUCAGUCACAGCCCAGUCAAUAGUAUCCAUUCUUACGAGAACAUUUAUUUUCCGUGACAAUAAAUAUGGUGAUGACACAGAUGAGGCAGAGACAAGCAUGAAGAAGAAAGGAAGGGAUAAUUUUUCACAAAUUGUUAAUGAUGUAGAUGCACAUCCGCCAUUUACUGGGCGCAUUGAAGUGGUGGAAAAGCUGUGUGAAGCUUUCCCAGGGGAUCCUAAUUUCAGAGCCCAUUUGGGUCGUAUUUACUCUUUCUGUAGACCAGAACAAGAAAAAGAAAUCGAAAAACAUUUUCAGAUAGCUCUAAAGCUAUGCAAUGAUAGAAAAGGACAAAGAAAGCCCACUGAAAUAGAAGACAGCUUGAAACUAACUUUGAUGCAUGUCUACCAUAUGUAUGGAAUGGUGUUUGUUCGCCGGAUCUCUAAAUAUGUGGAUAAGAGUUCAGAAGUCUCCACACAGAAAGCCCCAUUUGAUGAAAGAUUGGAUGAGAUUAUUCAAAAUGCAGUCAAAGCAUGUGAAUAUUUUGAACUGUCGAGAUCUUACACACAACCAGGGUGUGAAGAUACGUACACAUACAUUGAUGAAAUUAGAGUUCGGCUGAAAGCUUGUGCUUUUAUUCGGAGCAACUUUGAGGGUGGACUGACAGCAUACUUGUCCAGCAGUAGCACUGAUAAAAACAAAAAGUUUGUUACUGACAGUGUGGUGGAGAUUGAAGAUCUUAUCAUGGAAUGUCACAGUGUGCUUGAUACUUCUGAUAUGUCAAUGUUGUACAAGAUGGAAAACUGGUUUAGAAACCUUUUCAUGCCAUGUACAUCACAGUUGAUGGCAUAUGUAACAGACAAUGAUCUGAAUUCACUGAGGUUGAAUAUCAUGGUCCGCAAGCUGAAUGUUACAUUUUCUGACAAUUUCAUGUCAGUAGAACAUAAAAUGCCACCAGCUCAAGUCAACAGUUUAGUAAAGGAUCUGGAGAUUAUUAUCUGCAACAAAGAUAUGCCGAAACGAAGAUUGGAAGUGACCUACCUCAACUGGCUGUCAGAAAUUCGAAACCCAAAUUGCAAAGUUUACAACCUGGAGACAGUUCUAGAGCAUGUGAGAAACUGGAGAAGUACAAUCAACAGUCCCAAAUCUACACUCUACCUCUUCAUUAUUCAGAGUCUUAUUGGUUUUGGCAGUAAAACACAGCCAGGUAAUACAGAGUGCUUAACAGAGGCUCUUGAACUUCUGCGUGGAGAAAUUCUUAAGAAAAGGAACUUAAUGUUUCGCCCAAAAUAUCCACGUGAAUGGCUGGGAAGGUUAGACAUCGAAGGCAUUCGACGCUUGGUGCCCAGCAAAGCUGUGGAAUAUGAUACUCAUCGAAAAAUAAAAGACAUUUCCCGAGCUAAAUUAGCUACCUGCAAAGGUACCAUCAGGCAGAAGAACGAUAACAAGUUGGCUGGCUAUGUUGACCUUGAUCUCCAUGGGAAUGGAAGCUUGGUUGAAGUAUUUUAUAUUCCUGUCAGGGCUGGCUUGGAAGGUUCUCGAUAUGCAGGAUAUCGAGUGCAGUUCCACUUGGCUUUCACAAUGGAACAUGGAUACGAAGCUUUUGAGGUUGAGCUGCUGAAGAAGUACCAGUGUCACAAAUGUCCUCUUAAAGUUGAGAUUAUGAGAGAUGAAGAUGAAGCCAAGUGCAGAUGUGGAGCUUGGAUCGCCAAAAGUGUUUACACAGAAGCCUCUGAUGACAGCUAGAGAUCUAUGUUUACGAGGCGAAGACUUGUUGGAGAAAGUACCGGUAUAUAAUGGGUAAACUAAAUUUGGACAUUACUGACUUUUAUUGUUUAUAAAAUAUGUUAAUUGUUCUUUUCAUAUACCAACCAAUACACUUUUAAAAUGCUAUAAUCUAAAUGGAUAGUCGAGUUAUCUCUUUAGUUGUAAUGUAGAACUUGACUGAAAUCAGUCUGGAUAAUAUACUUCUAUAUGCAUAGAUGCUUAAAAUGUGGUUGUAUUUUCUUCAAACAUGGACUUAUCUUUUGUUAAUGUGUGAUAAACUCUCAUGAUUGUACCAAAAAUUGUCUGAAAGAAGGUGCUGACCAAGAGAUCAAUUAAUAAGCCAUGAGAAUAUAAGACUGAACAUAAGUAUUUUAUGAGUAUAGGAGUAUAGUUUUUAAAUAAUCUGCUUUCUCUAAGACUGCUUUGCAAGACAUCUAUAGUGCAGGGGUUGUUACAAAAGAUAGCGUCAACAGUUUUGAUAUUUUCACCAUAAAUGGAUGCUGUAUGUAUAUAUGCUUUAUAAAGAAAUGACAGCUUUGUUUUGUAUUAUAAUAUUUCCAAGAAAUUCCAGCUGUUUUUGCUAUGACAUAGUGUAAAAUACCCCCAUCCCCCAAAAGAAGAGUCCCAUAGUGUAUUUUUGUUUGUCAUUGGUUUCUAUACAUUUACAAGAGAAGUUGAGUUUAUGAAUUUACAGACGUAUGAAAAAAAAGUGAUUUAAACAACCCACCUUUGAUCAGGAGAAAGACUGAGCAUUAUUGCUUUUUCUAUUAUUUUUAUUCCAUACAUUUCCCCAAGCAGCAAAGGAAGAUUGGGGACACAUUACAUCAAUGUCACGAUCUUGGUGGGGGCGCAUGUAGAAUUUAGGCAUGGGCCCAGGGCGAAAAUGAAAAAGGGCUAUACAUUGGGGAGGGGGGGGCAACAUCUUUUUUACCUCUGAAUGUGGUGUAGUACCCCUAUGUCACCCAUGUAUAUUUGAGAAGUCCUAGCUCAUUCUGGAUGUUUUCCAGGUAGGUCUCAUAUACUUUUAGACAUAAUUUUAUUCUUGUUGUAUUAUUGAUAUGUUUCCCAGGUAGGUUCCACAUGGCUUUUUGGGGUGUUGUAUUGUUAUAUCCCAAUUUAUUUUUCUCAGACAAAAUGAAAAAUGUGGCAAUUUUUGCAAUAAAUGAUUUUAAAAUAUUUUAACCUUUAGCACCAGAAAAGCAGACAAUGCUAGAAAAAUUAAAAAUGUUAUUGUUUCCAUUUUUAACAUUUACUGAAGUAGAAAUCAAAAUAUCAGAC